CUCACGGGGGCAGUAAUGAAUUAUGGGAACUUGAAAUUUAAGCAAAAGCAGCGUGAGGAGCAAGCAGAGCCAGAUGGCACCGAAGUUGCUGACAAGGCUGCCUCUCUCCAGGGUCUGAACUCUGCUGACCUGCUCCAAGCCCUCUGCUACCCCAGGGUCAAGGUCGGCAAUGAGUAUGUCACCAAAGGCCAGACUGUGCAGCAGGUGUACAAUGCAGUGGGCGCUCUGGCCAAAGCCGUCUAAGAGAAGAUGUUCCUGUGGAUGGUCACCUGCAUCAACCAGCAGCUGGACACCAAGCAGCCCAGGCAGUACUUCACUGGGGUCUUGGACGUCACUGGCUUUGAGAUCUUUGAUUUCAACAGCCUGGAGCAGCUGUGCAUCAACUUCACCAACGAGAAGCUGCAGCAAUUCUUCAAUCACCACAUGUUCGUGCUGGAGCAGGAGGAGGACAAGAAGGAGGGCAUCGAGUGGGAGUUCAUCGACUUCGGGAUGGACCUGGCCGCCUGCAUUGAGCUCAUCGAGAAGCCGAUGGGCAUCUUCUCCAUCCUGGAAGAGGAGUGCAUGUUCCCCAAGGCCACAGACACCUCCUUCAAGAACAAGCUGUAUGACCAGCAUCUUGGAAAGUCUGUCUAGUUCCAGAAGCCCAAGGUGGUUAAAGGCAGGGCUGAGGCCCACUUCUCCCUGGUGCGCUAUGUCAGCACUGUGGACUACAACAUUGCCGGCUGGCUGGAGAAGAACAAGGACCCCCUGAACGAGAUGGUGGUCGGGCUGUACCAGAAUUCCACAGUGAAGAUUCUGGCUUUCCUUUUCUCUGAGGAAACAUCUGAAGCAGAGGGUGGCGGUACAAAGAAAGGCGGCAAGAAGAAGGGUUCUUUCUUGUCAGUUGUCUUCAGGGAGAAUUUGAGUAAGCUGAUGACCAGCCUGAGAAGCACUCACCCCCACUUUGCACAGUACAUCGUCCCCAGUGAAACCAAAACCCCUGGGGCCAUGGAUCAUGAGCUUGUCCUGAACCAGCUGAGGUGUAACGGUGUGCUGGAGGGCAUCCUCAUCUGCAGGAAGGGGUUCCCAAGCAGAAUCCUGUAUGCAGACUUCAAACACAGACUCAAGAUAUUAAAUGCAAGUGCAAUCCCUGAAGGACAAUUCAUUGACAGCAAGAAGGCUUCUGAGAAGCUCCUUGGGUCCAUCGACAUUGACCACACCCAGUAUAAAUCUGGUCACACCAAGGUCUUCUUCAAAGCUGGCCUUCUGGGGCUCCUAGAGGAGAUGCGAGAUGACAAGCUGGCCCAUCUGAUUACUCGAACCCAGGCCAGGUGCAGAGGGUUCUUGGCAAGAGUGGAGUACCAGAAGAUGGUGGAGGGGAGAGGGUCCAUCUUCUAUAUCCAGUACAAUAUUCGUGUUUUCAUGAAUGUGAAAGACUGGCCCUGGAUGAAGCUAUAUUUCAAAAUCAAGCCCCUCCUCAAGAGUGCGGAGACAGGGAAGGAGACGGCCACCAUGAACGAAGGAUUUGAGAAGACCAAAGAAGAGGUAGCUAAGUCAGAGGCAAAAUGGAAAGAACUUGAAGAGAAAAUAGUAACUCUGAUGCAAGAGAAAAAUGACCUGCAGCUCCAGGUUCAAUCUGAAACAGCUAGCUUGGCUGAUGCAGAAGACAGAUGUGACCAGCUGAUCAAAACCAAAAUCCAGCUCGAGGCAAAGAUCAAGGAGGUGACUAAGAGAGCUGAAGAUGAGGAAGAGAUCAAUUCUGAGCUGACGGCCAAGAAGAGGAAACUGGAGGACGAAUGUUCGGAACUGAAGAAAGACACAGAUGACCUUGAGCUGACACUGGCCAAGGUUGAGAAGGAGAAACAUGCCACAGAGAACAAGAUGAAAAACCUCACAGAAGAGAUGGCAGGCCUGGACGAAGUCAAAGCUAAGCAGACCAGGGAAAAGAAGGCCCUCCAGGAGGCCCACCAGCAGACCCUGGAUGACCUGCAGGCAGAAGAGGACAAAGUGAACACCCUGAACAAAGCUAAAGCCAAGCUAGAGCAGCAAGUGGAUGACCUUGAAGGGUCUUUGGAGCAAGAAAAGAAACUGUGCAUGGUUAGAGCCAAGAGGAAGCUGGAGGGUGACCUAAAAUUGGCCCAAGAAUCCACAAUGGAUAUAGAAAAUGAUAAGCAGCAACUUGAUGAAAAACUCCGAAAGAAAGAGUUUGAAAUGAGCAGCCUGCAAAGCAAGAUUGAAGAUGAACAAACACCUGGCAUUCAACUGCAGAAGAAGAUCAAGGAGUUACAGGCCCGCAUCGAGGAGCUGGAGGAGGAGAUCGAGGCAGAGCGGGCCUCCCACGCCAAAGCUGAGAAGCAGCGCUGGGACCUCUCCCGGGAGCUGGAGGAGAUCAGCGAGCAGCUAGAGGAGGCGGGCGGCGUCACAUCCACCCAGAUAGAGCUCAACAAGAAGCGGGAGGCCGAGUUCCUGAAGCUGCGCCAGGACCUGGAGAAGGCCACCCUGCAGCACGAGGCCACGGCGGCCACGCUGAGGAAGAAGCACGCGGACAGUGUGGCCGAGCUGGGGGAGCAGAUUGACAACCUGCAGAGGGUCAAGCAGAAGCUGGAGAAGGAGAAGAGUGAGAUGAAGAUGGAGAUUGAUGACCUUGCUAGCAACGUGGAGACUGUCUCCAAAGCCAAGGGAAACCUUGAAAAGAUGUGCCGCGCUCUAGAAGACCAAGUGAGUGAACUUAAGACGAAGGAGGAAGAGCAGCAGCGGCUGCUCAGUGACCUGACGGCUCAGAGAGCGCACCUGCAGACGGAAUCAGGUGAAUACUCAUGACAGUUAGAUGAAAAGGACUCAUUAGUUUCUCAGCUCUCGAGGGGCAAACAAGCAUUCACACAACAGACAGAAGAACUGAAAAGGCAGCUUGAAGAGGAGAGAAAGGCCAAGAGUGCCCUGGCCCACGCCCUGCAGUCCUCCCGCCACGACUGUGACCUGCUGCGGGAACAGUAUGAGGAAGAGCAGGAAGCCAAGGCUGAGCUGCAGAGGUCAAUGUCCAAGGCCAACAGUGAGGUUGCCCAGUGGAGGACCAAAUACAAGACAGACGCCAUCCAGCGCACAGAGGAGCUGGAGGAGGCUAAGAAGAAGCUGGCCCAGCGUCUGAAAGAUGCUGAGGAACACGUAGAAGCCGUGAACGCCAAAUGCGCUUCCCUUGAGAAGACCAAUCAGCGGCUCCAGAAUGGGGUCAAGGACCUCAUGACUGAUGUGGAGAGGACAAACGCCGCCCGUGCAGCCCUGAACAAAAAGCAAAGGAACUUCGAUAAGGUCCUAUCAGAAUGGAAACAGAAGUAUGAAGAAACUAAUGCUGAACUUGAAGCUUCCCAGAAGGAGUCCUGCACCCUCAGCACAGAGCUGUUCAAGGUUAAGAAUGCUUAUGAGGAAUCCUUAGACCAACGUGAAACCUUGAAGUGGGAAAACAAGAAUUUGCAACAGGAGAUUUCUGACCUCACUGAGCAGAUUGCAGAAGGAGGGAACAUAAAUGAACUGGAGAAAAUAAAGAAAAAAGUGGAACAAGAAAAGUCUGAAAUUCAGGCUGCUUUAGAAGAGGCAGAAGCAUCCCUUGAACACGAGGAGGGAAAGAUCCUGCACAUCCAGCUGGAGUUGAACCAAGUCAAGUCUGAAGUUGACAGGAAAACUGCUGAAAAGGAUGAGGAAAUUGACCAGCUGAAGAGGAACCACAUUAGAGUCGUGGAGUCCAUGCAGAGCACGUUGGAUGCUGAGAUCCGGAGCAGAAAUGAUGCCAUCAGGCUCAAGAAGAAGAUGGAGGGAGACCUCAACGAAAUGGAAAUCCAGCUGAACCACGCCAACCACACAGCUGCUGAGGCCCUGAAGAACUACAGGAACACCCAAGCCAUCCUCAAGGAUACCCAACUCCACCUGGAUGAUGCUCUCCGGGGCCAAGAGGACCUGAAGGAGCAGCUGGCGAUCGUGGAGCGCAGAGCCAACCUGCUGCAGGCCGAGAUCGAGGAGCUGCGGGCCACCCUGGAGCAGACGGAGAGGAGCAGGAAGAUGGCGGAGCAGGAGCUCCUGGACGCCAGCGAGCGCGUCCAGCUCCUGCACACCCAGAACACCAGCCUGAUCAACACGAAAAAGAAGCUGGAGACAGACAUCUCCCAAAUCCAGGGAGAGAUGGAGGACAUUAUCCAAGAAGCUCGCAAUGCAGAAGAGAAGGCCAAGAAGGCCAUCACUGACGCGGUCAUGAUGGCCGAGGAGCUGAAGAAGGAGCAGGACACCAGCGCCCACCUGGAGCGGAUGAAGAAGAACCUGGAGCAGACGGUGAAGGACCUGCAGCACCACCUGGACGAGGCUGAGCAGCUAGCCCUGAAGGGCGGGAAGAAGCAGAUCCAGAAGCUGGAGGCCAGGGUGAGGGAGCUUGAAAAUGAGGUUGAAAAUGAACAGAAGCGCAACGUUGAGGCUGUCAAGGGUCUUUGGAAACAUGACAGAAGAGUGAAGGAACUUACUUACUAGACUGAGGAGGACCGCAAGAAUGUCCUCAGGCUACAGGACUUGGUGAACAAAUUACAAACCAAAGUUAAAGCUUAUAAGAGACAAGCUGAAGAGGCUGAGGAACAAGCCAAUGUCAACCUUGCCAAAUUCCACGAGAUCCAGCACGAGCUGGAAGAGGCCGAGGAAAGGGCUGACACUGCCGAGUCGCAGGUCAACAAGCGGCGGGUGCAGAGCCGGGAGGUUCACACAAAAGUCAUAAGUGAAGAGUAAUUCAUUCAAAUGCUGAAAGGUGACCAAAGAAAUGCACAAAAUGUGAAGUUCUUUGUCACUGUCAUAUGUCAUUGUAAUGUCAAGGAAAUAAAUCUGCAGAGAAUUUUGCAAUCUAAAAA